AUGGAGGACGUGGGGGUCGUGUGCCGGGGGAGCCGGCGGGUGCGGCUGGUGGACGGGGCUGGGCGCUGUGCCGGGAGAGUGGAGAUCUACUACCAGGGGCGCUGGGGCACCGUCUGCGACAACGCCUGGGACCUGGCUGACGCCGCCGUCGUUUGCCACCAGCUGGGCUGCGGAGGGGCCCUGGAGGCAGCCGGCUCUGCUCGGUUUGGGGAGGGCUCCGGGCAGAUCUGGCUGGAUGGCGUCAACUGCUCCGGGGCUGAAGCUGCUCUCUGGGACUGCCCUGCCGAGGCCUGGGGGCAGCACAGCUGCGGGCACAAGGAGGAGCGGGAGUCAUCUGUUCAGGUCUGUGAUGGGAGCAGGCUGGGAGUGGGACAAGUUCAUGGCCCUGAGGCUGGAGAACAGCGACGGCUGCUCGGGCGCCUGCAGGUUUUCUACAACGGGACGUGGGGCAGCGUUUGCUCCAACUCCAUGACCACCGAGACGGUGUCACUGGUGUGCAAGGAGCUGGGCUGCGGGAAUGAAGGGGAACUGGAAACAGAUUCUAACUCUGCCAAGCUGUCUGGCAUCACGUGGCUGGAUCACGUGGAGUGUGGGAAGAGCAACAGCUCCUUCUGGCAGUGUCCCUCUCAUCCCUGGCAUCUGCAGUCAUGUGAUGACCUCCGAGAAGAGACCCACAUCACCUGCAAUGGGACUGCAGAGGUGAGGCUGGCGGAUGGCGGCAGGCGCUGUGCUGGAAGAGUGGAGGUGAAACACCGGGGUCAGUGGGGGACCGUGUGCAGUGACCAAUGGGACAUGACCGAUGCUGCAGUGGUUUGUAGGCAGCUGGGCUGUGGGGUUGCUCUCGAAGCUCCUCAGAAGGCACACUUUGGACCAGGAUCUGGUUCCAUUUGGAUGGAUGAUGUUCACUGUAAUGGCAAUGAGUCUGCCCUGUCUGACUGCACACACAAUGGCUGGGGUCAAACAGACUGCGAUCACAGCUUGGAUGCUGGAGUGACAUGCUCAGGUAAGGACUGA